CCUCCUCCCAGCAGCUCGUUGACCUAGAGACUUAAAAGCACUGGCCAAGCAACCGAAGCCGCAAAAGCAGCUGCGGCCGCCUCGUCGCCAUUGCCAGGGCACAGGGCAAGAUAGUGUCUAGUUUCCGGGGCCCCCGUAUCCGUGAAGAUGCGCUGUGAGCUGCUGCUGCUUCUCGCAGCGGGGGCUUUUUUUCUCGCCCCCCGGGUUUCCAGCGUGCCCGCUGUUUCUGCAGAAGAGAAGUUUCUUUUUAAGUCAUGGAUGAAACAGAACAACAAGAAAUAUCAUCUAUCAGAGUAUCAUCACAGACUACACACUUUUCUUGAAAAUAAGAGAAGAAUUGAUAAGCACAAUGCUGGGAACCACUCAUUCACAAUGAGAUUGAAUCAGUUUUCAGAUAUGUCCUUUGAUGAAUUCAAAAAGACUUAUCUUAUGAGACUACCUCAGAAUUGUUCAGCUACUAAAGGCAGCCAUGUUCGACGGCUUGGUCCAUACCCAGAAUCUGUGGACUGGAGAAAGAAAGGAAAUUUUGUCUCACCAGUGAAAAACCAGGGUGGAUGUGGCAGUUGCUGGACUUUUUCUACUACUGGGGGACUAGAGUCUGCUGUUGCCAUAGCAACUGGAAAACUACUCUCUUUGGCAGAACAACAACUAGUGGAUUGUGCUCAAGAUUUUAACAAUCAUGGAUGCAAUGGGGGUCUCCCAAGCCAAGCUUUUGAAUAUAUAAUGUAUAAUAAAGGAAUUAUGGGAGAAGACACAUAUCCUUAUGAAGGAAAGGAUGGCACCUGCAAAUUCCAACCAAACAAAGCUAUUGCUUUUGUCAAAGAUGUGGCCAACAUAACAGCUUAUGAUGAAGAAGCUAUGACUGAAGCCGUGGCCCAUCAUAACCCUGUCAGUUUUGCUUUUGAAGUGACUGAUGACUUUCUGAGCUACCAUAAAGGCAUAUAUUCCAACCCCAAGUGUUCUAAAAGUCCAGAUAAAGUCAAUCAUGCAGUGCUUGCAGUUGGAUAUGGAAAAGAAAAUGGAAUACCUUACUGGAUUGUAAAAAAUUCUUGGGGCACAUCCUGGGGAAACAAUGGGUACUUCCUUAUUGAGCGUGGAAAGAACAUGUGUGGUCUUGCUGACUGUGCAUCUUAUCCUAUCCCACAAAUGUGACCUAGAAAUACAUAGGAAUGGACAAAGAUGGAAAAAAAGAGUGUGUUCUGAAAUACAACAUAUCUUUAAAAUGAAUGAACAUAUCCUAAGUGAAUGAACCCUGAGUUUUAAGUUGACUGAAGACCUAUUUAGUUGGUAGCUAUGAAGUCUCUUAACCUUCUGAGAAAAGGCUCUUAGGGAAGUCAACUUUGUGGAAUAGGAAGUUUUCAAAUCAUUUCUAUCCAUGUAAUGUCUAUGUAAGCACUGCAGUCAAGGAGUAAUUCAUCCUUUUUCUUGCCUUGCCUAUUAAAGUUUUCAAUAAAACAGUCACUGGGUAGCAAACUACCCCCAAGGAUUUUGACACAAGCAUUUAAGUGUGUCAAGAGGUAAUAAAAGCACCACUUUUUUUUUUACAUGGAAAACCACACAAAACUGUGGUGACCAUUUCAAUCUCAGGUAAUUUUUAUUCUUUCGACAGCAAGUUUCUCUUUUUUAAAAAUCAAAUGUAUUUUAAAGCAAUAUAUGAUUUUUUAAAUCUAUUUUUGCCAUAUACUAGUUGCUAUUUUUUAAAAAUAUAUUUUGAUAUAAGUCCAUUUGAUCAACAGAUACUCAUUAAAUUUAAAAUCGUUUUGGUUUAGAGUCAAAUUGAGUCAAAGGUAAAAUUUGACUCAGAUGAAAUUGAGGAAACCUGACCACUGAUUCAUCUUGCCUUUGAGCAGGCCUUAGAACCUCUUGCUGCUUACUUCCUCAUUUAUAAAUAAGGGUGAUGCAUGUGAUAAAAUGAAACAUUAUAAGGAGUUCUUCAGAAUUCUUCCCACAUAAUUUUCAUUUGCCUUACUAAGCAUCACAGCAAUGGCACCAGGGAAUUCAUAGCCAAAAUGUCAUUUUAUUGAGACUGAGAUUCUAUUGCAUAUAAAUAAACUGAAUAAAGAUACUUGUUUCACAA